AUGUCGUCGAGGACUAAGAAGUCCAAUCUUUACUACGUAACCCUAGUCGCGCUCCUCUGUAUCGGGAGCUACCUUCUCGGGACUUGGCAGAACUCGGUGGCGAAUCCACGCGCCGCCUUCGAUGACUCAGACGGUGCACCGUGCGAGGUAUCCUCCAGGCUCGAUUCCGCGAAGGAUCUCGACUUCGACGCGCACCACAACCCUCGUGAUCCACCUCCGCUGACGGAAACCGCCGUGAGUUUCCCGUCGUGCGACGCCGGAUUGAGCGAGACCACGCCGUGCGAGGACGCCAAGCGAUCGCUGAAAUUCCCGAGGGAGAGACUGGAGUACAGGCAGAGGCAUUGUCCAGAGAGAGACGAGGUCCUGAAGUGUCGAAUUCCGGCGCCGUACGGUUACAAGACGCCGUUCCGGUGGCCGGAGAGCCGUGACGUGGCGUGGUUCGCGAAUGUGCCUCACACGGAGCUCACGGUUGAGAAGAAGAAUCAGAAUUGGGUCCGGUACGAGAACGAUCGGUUUUGGUUUCCUGGUGGCGGUACGAUGUUUCCACGUGGCGCUGAUGCCUACAUUGACGAUAUCGGACGGUUGAUUGACCUCAGCGACGGCUCUAUCCGUACAGCCAUCGAUACCGGUUGCGGGGUGGCUAGCUUUGGUGCGUAUCUGUUAUCAAGAAACAUCACAACGAUGUCGUUUGCUCCAAGGGACACACACGAAGCUCAGGUCCAAUUCGCACUCGAGCGUGGCGUGCCGGCGAUGAUCGGAAUCAUGGCCACAAUACGUUUACCGUACCCUUCUAGAGCCUUUGACUUAGCACAUUGCUCUCGUUGCCUUAUCCCUUGGGGCCAAAACGAUGGGGUUUACUUGAAGGAGGUGGAUAGGGUUUUACGACCAGGAGGGUAUUGGAUUUUGUCUGGACCGCCGAUUAACUGGCAGAAACGGUGGAAAGGAUGGGAACGGACGAUGGAUGAUUUGAAUGCAGAGCAGACUCAGAUCGAGCGGGUCGCGAGAAGCUUGUGCUGGAAGAAAGUGGUUCAGAGAGAGGAUCUUGCUAUUUGGCGAAAGCCCUUUAACCACAUUCACUGCAAGAAAACCAGACAGGUUUUGAAGAAUCCGGAGUUUUGUCGCCAUGAUCAAGAUCCUGACAUGGCUUGGUAUACGAAGAUGGAUUCUUGUUUGACGCCAUUACCUGAAGUUGAUGAGGCGGAGGAUCUUAAGACGGUGGCCGGAGGGAAGGUGGAGAAGUGGCCGGCUAGGUUAUACGCGGUUCCUCCGAGAGUUAACAGCGGAGAUCUCGAGGAAAUCACACCGGAAGCUUUCUUGGAGGACACGAAACUGUGGAAACAGAGAGUUUCUUAUUACAAGAAACUAGACUACCAGUUAGGUGAAACCGGGAGAUACAGGAACAUACUUGACAUGAACGCUUACCUCGGUGGAUUCGCGGCGGCUCUAGCCGAUGAGCCGGUUUGGGUCAUGAACGUUGUCCCGGUCGAGGCUAAGCUCAAUACUCUUGGUGUCAUUUACGAGCGUGGUCUAAUCGGAACGUAUCAAAACUGGUGCGAAGCCAUGUCGACGUAUCCAAGAACGUAUGAUUUUAUCCAUGCUGACUCGGUUUUCAGCUUGUACCAAGAUAAAUGUGAACCGGAAGAAAUGUUGUUAGAGAUGGAUCGGAUUCUUAGACCGGGUGGUGGAGUGAUUAUAAGAGAUGACGUGGACGUGUUGAUUAAGGUUAAGGAAUUAACCAAAGGGUUACAAUGGCAAGGUAGAAUUGCGGACCACGAGAACGGUCCUCAUGAGAGAGUGAAGAUUUACUAUGCGGUGAAACAAUAUUGGACUGUUCCUGCACCUGACGAAGAUAAAAACAAUACUAGUGCUCUCUCAUGA